AUGUGAAAGAGAAGUUUCCAAUGAAAAACUUCCCAAAGAAUGGAUCUGGUGUUGCAAAGAUUGUUCGAGGUUUUCAUGAAGACAUCAAGGCUAAAAUAAAAUCGUGGAUUCAAACUCAUCUAGCUGAAGGACAUUUCUUUUCAACAACCCUUGAUGAAUGGACUUCUACUGCAGGGCGACGUUUCUUGAACAUUAAUCUUCAUUAUUUUGAAAAUGGUGUUGAUAAAGAAAUCAAUUUGGGCAUGGUUCCAAUUUAUGGAAGUGCAACUGCUCUUAACAUCAAAAAACUAUUCGAAGCAAGAUUGAUGGAAUUUGGUUUGGAUCCAGAGAAACAUAUUGUUGGCACUUCUGGUGAUGGUGCGAGUGCUAUGGUAUAAUUUGGUUCUAUGAUCGCAUCAGAAUACGUCCAGUGCAGCGAUUAUGGAAUUCAUCUGGGUGUUACUAAAGUUCUUUAUCUAAAGAAACAGUCAGCAGAUACUCCAGUGAAUGACGACGACGAUGAUGUCUUUUUCGUUGAGUGUGGAAAUGAAGAUGAACCUGAUGAAGAUGUACAUGAUGCCGGUGAGGACACAGAAUCAGACGAUGAAGAGGAGGCCGACUCACUUCAAAUGGUUUUCGCUUAUCAAUCAACGAUCACCAAAUUGAGAAAAAUUGUGAGCCUUUUCCAUCGAUCAUCGGUCAAAAAUGAAAUUCUUCAAAAGUUCGUUAAGAGGAUGAACAACGGGAGAGAACUUAAGCUGAAGUUAGAUUCAAAGAAUCGUUGGGGAAGCCUUCAUGAUGCUUGCGAAAGGUUCUUGAAGUUACUUGGACCUGUGAAGGAAGCUCUGAACCACAGGGAGAUUGACAAAACCUACUUAUGGGCAGAUAGUGACUCAAAAAGAUUGGAGGAGCUGGUAGAAGUUCUGAGUCCAGCGAAGUUGGCAAUUCAAUUCUUGUCAAAGAAAUCAGUAAAUCUCAUCGAUUGCAACACAACUAUCAAGUUUCUCUUGGACAAUCUAGAAAUGCAUGAUCAUCAGCUCUCGCAGGACAUCUUCUUGGCUAUCAAAGAGAAAAUCAACAAACGCAGACAUAACGUUCUUCAAUCACUCAUCCUUUACUUGCACGACAUCAACAGCAUUAAUGGGCCGAAUCACUUUGCUUCAUCGACUGUUGCAGCUAUGAGCAAACUUGCUGUGAAAUUGAUGGAAAGACUCUUCAGUACUGAAAAUGGUGAUUGUGUGGAACAACCUAAACAGCAAGAAGAACCAUCAGCAUUAACAUCACAGCAGGUUCAAAGAAGUUUAGCUGAGAAACUGACACUUGCCUUGAUAGCUUCAAGAGAGGUCACCAACAAGCAGGCGGGCAAAGUUAUUGACUACAAAAAGGAGAUGCAGAUAUAUGCGAAGACAAAAUUACGCUCACCAACUCUGGAUAGACUUUUCGAGGGACUGAAUACAAUUCAAGCAACAUCAGUAGCUGCAGAACGUCGUUUUUUGGAAGCAAAUACUCUUGUGAGCAAAGUUCGCAAUGCUAUUUCUUUUCUUAAAUGUUAUUUCCGAAAUAAAUUAAUAAAGUAGAUUCCAACAUAAAUGUUGAGUCCUUUGUAUUGUUUUUUGAUUAAAAAUUUUCAGGUUUUAGAAAGAAAAAAAAUACUGGAAAGCUCAUUCCCGGUAACGGUAAUUCCCGGGAAUGAGCUUUUUCAUUCCCGAUAUUCCCGAAAUUGAAAUUCCCGGGAA